AUGGAUACGGCUCGAGGAAACUACUCUAGCCUUGGGGCCAUGACGGUCACAGGAAUUCGGCAUUGUGGCUGGCUUGACGCUACUUUGUAUGAGCUGGCACAGGAGCUUCGUGAACAUUGUCCACUAGCCCGACGGCGUGGUGCUCGUCUCGUCUUCACCAGUGUUUCUCCCGAUGAGCGUAGCACCAUGGGUGCCUAUAAACGCCGCCAACUAGGUCUUGUGAUAACGGGCAGUGGACCUGUUGUAAUUAAAAGCAACGGCGAGACUGAUGGUACUGCAAAUGAACGUCCGCUCGAUGAGCCAUUUGGGUCAAUCAAUGGCAGUGCCUUAGCCACCACAGCCGGCGAGCAUGAGGUAGCCACGAAGCUCUCCAAACUGGAAGAAAAGGCUCUGCCAGCAGAUGCUGGACUCAGAGACUGGAAGCCACCUCUAGACGACGCUGGUGUCACCUUGCUUGGGAAAGGCUUUCAGAUCGGCGAUUACAUUGACGUUGCUAUUUCGGAGCCAAUACCCAAUAAUUUCGGCGGUCUUGCCUCAGUCGAAGCGCGAGGUCCUUCGCGCCGACUCGCUGUGAAUGCAUUGGCAACUCUAAGUGCAGGAUCAAACUUUGGCGUAGGAAACCGGAUGGAAGCUCGUCUUGGAAAUGUCGCUGUUGGCGCCUCUAAUCCAAUAAAUUCAGCGCAGUUCGGAGGUCCCGUUGCCAACCGAGUUCGAGGGGUCUAUUAA